UCGAGGAGGUGAUCCAAGUGGCGCAGUUUAGCUUCAAAGAGAGUGUAUCCACUACAUCCAGAACCACGAAACUCCAAAUACAACCGUCUACGUUGACAUGAUGACGAUGUCAGAAGCAAAAAGCUCAGUCAAGACUUCCAUUCAUAGUUCAGACUUCAAAGAGUAAUCACAACACACUGAUCAUAGUAGUAGUAAUGUCAUUCUCUUUCUCUUCAACCUCUCUAUCAUUCUCACUCUCAAGACCAACACAUCUAUGCUCAAAUCUUCACACAAUCACGAGUGCAUCAAAUAGCUUUAAUUCAGUAUCAAGUGGUGGUCGUCUUGUACUGAAUGUUGGAGGUUCUACCUUCUGUCGAAGAUUUCGUGGUUUCAAGCUGUGGAUACUUGACAGACUUAAUAAUGAUAUAGGAACAGGUUUAUCAAAUGAAAAAGGAUCAAUUUCUGAUUCAUCUCGUGUACCUCAUGCUGGCGAUAGUGAGGUAACUUCUUCAGUGGAGUCUCCAUCUUUGCUGCAAACAAGUUCCUUGGCCUUUCCCAUGGAUGUAAGUAAAGAACCUUCACUGUGUAUUGCUGUCAUAGGAGCCACUGGUGAGUUGGCAAGGGGGAAGAUUUUUCCAGCUUUAUUUGCACUCUACUAUAGUGGCUUUUUUCCUGAGAAUGUUGCCAUUUUUGGGUAUUCAAGGAAGAAUAUAACUGACGAAGACCUACGGUCCAUUAUAGCUUCAACAUUAACAUGUCGAGUUGAUCACCAGCAGGAUUGUGGGGAUAAAAUAGACGCUUUCCUUGGUAGAACAUAUUACAUCAACGGAGGUUACGACAACAAACACGGGUUGUCCUUACUAAAUGCCAGAAUGGAGCAGAUUGAGGGAAGAUCCAAAACCAACAGGAUUUUCUACCUUUCUGUGCCACAAGAAGCACUUUUGGAUGUUGCUUCAUGUCUUGCUAGCAGUGCUCAGACACAAAAGGGAUGGAAUCGCAUAAUAAUUGAGAAGCCAUUUGGCUUUGAUGCUCUCUCUUCCCAAAGUCUGACGCAUUAUCUUCUUACGAAGUUUGAGGAAAAGCAAGUAUAUAGGAUUGAUCAUCUUCUAGGAAGGAAUCUCAUUGAAAACCUCACAGUUUUAAGGUUUGCAAAUCUAGUUUUUGAGCCGCUGUGGAAUCGUAAUUACAUACAUAAUGUGCAGGUCAUUUUAUCGGAGGACUUGGCUGUGCAUCCAGGAAGGUAUUUCGGUGGUUAUGGGAUUAUCCGUGAUAUUGUUCACAGCCAUGUGCUCCAAACAAUUGCAUUGCUUGCCAUGGAACCGCCAAUCAGCCUUGAUGGAGAAGAUAUUCGGAAUGAAAAGGCCAAGCUUUUAAGAUCAAUUCGCAAAUUGGAGCCUAAGGAUGUCAUUCUUGGCCAAUAUAAAGCAAGUAACAGAGACAAAAUUGACAAGUGCUUAGAUGGCCCUACACCUACAUAUUUUGCAGCUGCGCUAUACAUUGACAAUGCACGAUGGGACGGUGUACCAUUUUUGGUUAAAACAGGCCUGGGACUCGUCAAACACCAAAUGGAGAUACGGAUUCAAUUUCGAAAUGUUCCAGGAAAUGUUUACAAUGAAUGCAUCGGGCACAAUAUUGACCGUGCCACAAACGAGCUCAUUCUUCGUGAUGUUCCCGAUGAAGCUAUUCUGGUGAGAGUUAACAACAAGGUUCCAGGAUUAGGCUUACAACUGGACUUUUCAGAAUUAAACUUACUUUACAAGGACAAGUACAACAUGGAGGUGCCGGAUUCAUACGAGCAUCUUCUGCUUGAUGUCAUUGAUGGGGAUAACCAUCUGUUUAUGAGAAGCGAUGAGCUUGCGGCGGCGUGGAACAUUUUAACUCCAAUUCUAAAUGAGAUAGACAAGGACCAUAUAUCAGUGGAGCUUUAUGAGUUGGGGGGUCGUGGUCCAGUUGGGGCAUACUACCUCUGGGCGAAACAUGGUGUCCGUUGGGUAGAGGAAUAGCACUUCCCUCCUUGGCUGAGACUUUGAAAUAAGCAGUAUUUUGGAAUGUAUUUAAACAUGUAACUAGCACUAUAAUUUUUGGCUGACUGUUGGUAGGAGAAUGGAAGAAAAUAAACUAAAUAGAAAGAGAAAAAGGCUUAUAAGGACUUGGCUAUUCUAGUGUCUUGGGAAACUUGAACAUCCCAUACUAUGGGACGUGGGACUUAAGCACUUCAUAAUAUUCUAGUUCAUGUUGGAAUUUUUCGGGUCAAUUCAAGGUAGUCCUUUCCCAGACACCAACCAACAACUAAGUCAUUUGAGUAUUCUAUUGAUAGGCCACUUUAUAGGCCUAAUUUUGCAGUUAUAGAAGCACGUAGUUGCACGCAGUCAAACAUUGAUGAUCAUUAUAAAUGCAUAAAUGUGUGGUUAUGUUAGAA